AUUGGACCAUGAGAGCGGCGACGGCUUAUAUUCUGUGAUACUGAUACAGUCGGACAGUCCCUACUUCUGGACUUCCCCAGUACCGAACGAAUUCACCGACUUGAAAUAACCGUUCGCUAAAGUUAAAGUUUAUCCCGUCACAUAAAGUGCGAUCACCAAAACUACGUAAUUUUUAAAGUAGGUCUAUUCGUUUAAAAGUUCGUUGCGUCAAAAUGUGCACAUUUUUAGGUAAUUUUUGUUGUUAAUUUGUCAAAAUAUGUUGAAAUAAGAAGAAAAAAAAAGAAAGACAUUAUGUUUGAAUUCGACAACGAAACCAAUAAUCUUUUAAACCUAGAAGGAAAUUUUAUUGGAUUUGAUAUUGAUGAUGAAGUAUUGAUAAAAAUUAAAAACAAGAAAAAAUUAUUAAAAAUGGAACUUAGUAAAGAAACAUGUGAGCCUAUGGAAAUAGACAAGCCAACUGACAGUCCAUCCAUUGUUUAUAAUAAUCAUGUUAAUAAAAAGAAACAAUCUAAAUCAAGUAUAUCAACACUAGAACCUAAUGAUAUAAAGAAUAAUUGGAGUAAUAAGAGGCAUAAGAAUGACAACACACGCAGUGAUACUUUAGAAUCUUUGAAAUUACAUGCGGAUUCUUUAGAAAUUACUACUCCUACAUUCAACUUAACUUCUUCUAACAGUAGAACGUGCCGUAGUACAGGCAAAAAAAUUAAGUCUGAUAUCAAUGAUGCUAUUUUUAAACUCCCAUUUGAGCAUGGAUGGAAACGAGAAUACAUUGUUUACAAAAAAACUUUUCUUAAUCGGGAAAAUAGAAGUGGUGAUGUAUACUAUUAUUCUCCAAAUAACCAAAAACUACGAACAUUACAAGAAAUUCAGGAACAAUUGAAUAUCUCAUCUGAUAAAACCUCUCUUACUAUAGACUGUUUUACUUUUUUAAAACAACCAAUUGGUAUGAAUGAUAGAUCAAAAGAACUGAUCAGAAAUGCACAUUUAAAAUUAUUUAAGGAAAACACUUCUGUUGGUGAACUGUCAGAUGAUAAAAACAAAAAAUCUGCUGGUAAAAUGAAAAUUGUUUUUAAAACUGCGAAGACUUCCUCAAGAACAAGAUCCAAAAAAGGGAAUUCAGAAUCAAUGAAUACAUCUUCAUCCACACCUCAAUACAUAUCUGAAGACCUCCAAGCUAUUCAAUCUAGUAUAUCGACAAAAGUUUCUCCUAAACUUGAGAACAUUGAUAUAAAUACUACAAUCAUGAAAAGACGGUUGCCAGCAUCAGAUAGGAAAAUCAUCAUGCAGACUCGUUGUGGUAUGCGGUGCUCUAAUAUUGAUGAACCUUGCUCUUUAAUGUGUACUCGUUGUCUACUACACUAUCAUCCAGCAUGUGUCAACAUGCUUGUUCAUUUAAAAAUUGUUGAUUAUGUAUGUUUACACUGUCGAAUUUUAAUGAAACAAAGAGAUACUCGUGUACAGUCAUCUCAUACUGUGGUUGUUAGUGCUACUGAACCGGAGAAACUAUGCAUUGAACCGAUUUGUAUAAGACAAGUUCAUCAAGCAUCAAGUAUGCCAAUUACUAAAAUUGAAGAACCCUAUUAUAAAAUUGAUGAAUAUAGAGAUGGAAAUGUAUCCAAAACUAAAAUGGUUGAUGGUAGUUUUCACAAACAGUAUGUUUAUGAAAUGAAACAAAAACGAGGACCUAGUUUAAUAACUUGUGUUAUUCAAGAGCCCAACAAUUUGGAAGAGAAUUCUGAAAUAAAUGGUUCACUUAAAGAAAUGUCAACUCCUUUAGCAUCCCUGCAAACAUUAAACUGCAUGGUUAAAACAUUGGGACACGUUUUUAAAUAUUUAAAUACACGUGAGCUUUUAUCCGCUUCUAGAGUAUGUACCGCCUGGAAUAAAAUUGCAAUGAACAAGUCAUUAUGGCAACAUUGUCGCUUAAAAAAUUCUAUGGUCUAUGACUGGGAAAGGUUUGUAGACUUAAUUGAUAAACAAAAAACUGACACGUUAGAUACUAGACAAAUGUUGAUUCCUGUAAAAGUUGAUGAAUUAAAAAAAUUUUGGUUGCUUUUUUCCAAAGCAAUGAAAAGAGCACAGAAGUUACAAUUUAUUGAAUUGUAUAGAUGUCCUACCCAUGUAGUUGAAGAUAUUAUUCACUCAUUACCUCAGCUUGAAGUACUCAAUGCAACUUCAAUAAAAAAUCCAAAUGUAACCAAAGAGGCAAAAAAUCCCCAUGUUUUUAUGGUCCUAAACUUAAAUGAUUUAGGCCAAAUGACAAAUCUCACUGAGUUAAGACUAAAAGGUUUGACUGGAAUCAAAUUAACUUCAUUACCUUCAUUUGAAAAUUUAAUAAAUUUAAAUAAAUUUUCAUUGACCUCCAUAAAUUCAUUUCCAAAAGAUAUCUGUCAGAGUUUGGAUACUAUUACUGAUAACAUAGAGUUUUUGGAAAUUGGUGAUUGUGAUUUCUUAUCAAAAGAUUUUGCUGUGUCACUAAAAAGAUUUGUCAAUUUGAAAUCAUUGAGAUUGGAAAAUUGUUACGGUAAAUGGGAAAGUUAUGUACAAGACGUUUUUGCUGCUAUUAGGGGUCUUGAAAAGCUCACUAUUCUGGAGUUGGUAAACAUUGAAUUCAGUAAUUGUGUUGAAGAUGAAUUGGAAAAAUGUGUUGGUAUUAAAGCUUUACUGAUUAUUCCUGCUUACAUGAGCAAAUCUGCAACUAUCAACUGCCACUUAAUUGACUGCCUCGAGAAACUCUCCAAGACAUUAACACACUUGGUUUGGGGAUUGACUCUUGAAUUACUCCGUGUUACUGACAUUUUUAUAACUCAAUAUCAGCAAAACCAGCAUAGUAUUGGUAAUAAUUUAGAAUUAUUCCAUACCAAAGAAAAGACCAACUACAUACCUAUACUAAGGACAAGAAAACCCAGACAGCGACCAGGAGAAGAGCCUGCUCCUGAAAAGGACAAGAAUAAAAACAUAUCAGAUGACGUUCAUUUACUUUCAGUUCCUGUUCUAGAGAAAUUGUUAGAUACAAUGAUGCCGGAUGCUAAAACUAGGGUAAUUAAGGUUCCCUUUUCAAAAACAGUUAGAGUUUAUUUAAGUGAACAGUUUAAUUAUCUUUGAAUUAAAUGUUUAGUAUUCAUUUUUUUCUUUACAUUAAAAACCUUUCGUAUUAUGAUUCUAUUUUUAUGAACAUGACAAUUUUUUUAUUGUAAUUCAAGGUUGAAGAUAUUAAUUACAAUUUAAAUUAUUAGUUAUAACUUAUAACGUACAUGUAUUAUGUUUUCUGUAUGUAUAAUAAAACUGAUCAUUAAGCAUAAAUGUUAUCAUACAUUUAAUAGAUUUAUAAUUGUAAUAAUUUUAUUUCAUUUAUAACUCAUAUUUUUUUUUUCAUUUUGUAAAUAACAUAAAACUAUAAUUUGAAAAUGGAAAUUUGCUAUUCAUUAUAUAGUAAAUUAAUUUUGAUUCAAUUCUAAAUAAGUCAAAUUCAAAGAA